UAGUUCUUACCAAAGUCAUUCUAGUCCUUUCAAACAAUUUAAAAAAUUUUGACCAGACGUUCUUUUUUAUCAUCUUAAAAACAAUAUUUUCCUAAAGGCCCCUUUCAACAUGAUUGGAAUCUACGUAGCAUUGUUCUUAGCCGUCAUAUGCAGUGCAAAAGUUGCUGCGGAAUUCAAAUGCCCGAACAAUUCCGGAUACUACCCUGAUCCGGAGCAAUGUGAUUUGUAUUACGAAUGUCGAAAAGGAGUAGCCAAAGAAAAACUGUGCAAAGAUGGCAUGGUCUUUAAUGACAAUAAUCCUCUAUACGAAAGAUGUGACUUCCCAUUCCUUGUUUCAUGCAGAGAUCGAGUUUAUUUACAGGAAGCCAAACCAAGUGCAAAUUGUCCCAGGAGAAACGGUAUUUUUGCUAAAGAAGGCAGCUGCAAGACAUUCUUUCAAUGCACCGAUGGCGCCGCAGCUAAAAUGUCAUGCCAAAACGGCUUAGCAUUCAAUCCAGCUGCAGGUACAUGCCAAUGGAAAUAUCUAGUACCUGACUGCGGUCAGGAACGAGCACGUUAACAGGAAACAGUAUCAAGAAUUGGAAGAUAAAAAAUCGUUUGGCCUUGAAGUUUCUAAAGCUUUGAAGAAUAACGGAAUAUUUUUUUAGCAAUUAUAAUAAAGAAAAAUUCAUUUUA